UAUCUAAAACCCUACAACAUUCCUUCAUUUGGAGACCUGAAUCUUGCAAUCGAGAACAGAAACGGCGAUGGGAAGAUCAGCUCUGAUUCACUUGCUUCGCUCCCAAUCCCGACGUCUCUCUUCCUCCACCUCCACUACAGGAUAUCAUCAUCGGUCAAUAGCAGGAUCAUGGUCAUCAUCAUCAGUGAUCCCUAAGGUCAGAUUCCAGGUUCCAUCCCUUAACCAGAGAAGCUGGGCAUCAUUUGGAGCAAAGACUAGAGAGGACGAUGAUGAGCACAAGAUCAGCAUCGGACCCCAAGAGAAGAAAGAAGAGAAUGAUGGAGGGGUGGUUUACUAUGGCCCAAUCUCAUCCACCAUCAAGAAAGUGAAACUCCUCUCCCUCUCCACUUGCUGUCUCUCAGUGUCUCUUGGCCCAGUCAUCACUUUCAUGACUUCCCCCGGACUGAAUGUGAUCAUGAAAGGUGCGGUUGCCUCCACUGUGAUCUUCCUUAGCGCAUCCACAACCGCUGCUCUCCACUGGUUCGUUACCCCUUAUGUGCACAAGCUGAGGUGGCAGCCGGGUUCAGACACUUUUGAGGUCGAGAUGAUGACAUGGCUCGCCACAUUUACCCCGAAAACACUGAAAUUCUCAGACAUACGUUAUCCAGACACGCAAAGACCGUAUGUGAGCUUCAAGGCGGAUGGGAAUUACUACUUUGUGGACGCAGAUCAUUGCCCCAACAAGGCAUUGUUGGCUAGACUCACCCCUCCAAAGGAUGCUCAUGACUCUGCUUUCAAGAACUUGUAAUCCAAAUUCGUCUCUUUGUUAUACUUUCUCUCUUUUAUUGGGUGUGGAUUUUUGUUGGGUUUGUAGCUCUUAAGAUACUUGGAUACCUCCCUUUCUCAUCA